AUGUCUUUGGCCAAGGUAAGAAGGGAUUUGUGAACAAAAUCUAUCCGUUUUUUGACUUAACAAAAAAAGUCGAAGAUAAGGUGAAACUAAUCCCUAAUAUGAUGACAAAAUGUAUCGCAGGGGCAUAUAAAUAGAAGCCUUUCUGUGAUACAGGUAGCAAAUUCGUCUCAGUUUGAUCACUUCUGAUUAAAAAAACAAGUCCAAUGCAAACUCGUUCGACUCGGUGUCCAACUAGAGCCAUCCUGGGCCGUGUACCGAUGAGUAUUUGCCUAGCCGGUUUUCGUAGAAUGGCCGUAAUGGCCACACAAGUGGUAAAAUUGGCGGAGUCUAUCUUACGCCAUUUUUGGAUUUCUUUUUUCUUCGACCAUUUUUAAACUCGAAUAAGAAAGUCGGAUUCGCGACAAACAAACCCUUUUUCUGGGUGAAAGUGCAGUUCAAUGUGGAUGAAAACAAGUUUGAAAAAUCUCAAAGCUGAUGCAAUGCAAACCAUAUUACCUCCAAUGAAUAAUUCUUACAUGUAGAAUACAAUCAAAAGAAAAAAAGAUGUCACUCAAAGUGUGUACUAGUGUUGUUGUAGUCAAUGCGUUAAUUUCAAAGUCCCGAUUCAUAAAAGUCCCUUUUUCAGACAAAGUCAUGCCUGGUCUACUCCCCACGAAAGUCGCGUGAUGAUCAGCCCAAACGUAAAAUCAGUUUCAAUACCUCGGUCCGAGUGCAUUCAAUUAGUCCCAUCAAAAACACCGAGCCAUAUGUUGAUCCAUUCGAGACGUAUGCCCAACAAGAAUUUCUUCGGCUAACAAGUCGGCUAAGGGAUCGACUGCAAUUUGAAGAUUCAGAUGAGGAGCUCAGUCCGGAGCGGGUUGUUUGCUCCGCGGAGCCAACAGUAAGAACAUUGGAGAUAAUAAGCUCCGAGCCGGAGAAAACGGAAAGAUCGAGUUCUGAAGAGAAACAAAUCCGCUCCGAGGAAGGGAUAGUCAAAUCAACGGGUCAAAAACACUCCAGAGAAGAGAAAAAAGAACGAACUGGCUCCGAAGCUGACCGAGUCAGCUCGGAAAAGAAAAAGGAGCGCUCCGAAGAAAAGAAACGAAGCUCCACGGAGAAGAGAAGAUCUGGAGCAGAGAUAAGGAGCUCAUCGGAAAGAAAAAACCCUGCAGCGGAAAAAACAAGGUCCUUGGAGAAAGUUACUGCCGGAGCGGAACACAUCAACUCAAAAACCAGUACAAGGAGCUCCUCGGAGCGAAAAAGCUCUUCAGCUGACAAAUCAAGUUCAAAAACAAAGGACAGCACGCUGGAAAAGACCAGCCACAGGACAGAAAAGUCUGCCUCCGGAGCGGAGAAAGAGCGAUCAAAAUCGGAGAAAGAGCGACCGAAACCGGAGAAACCUCGCUCCACAGCGGAGAAAAACACUUCAAAAGACAGAACAACGGAGAAGACCAGAUCCUCAGAAAAACAUAGCUCCGGAGCGGAGCGAAGCAGUUCCAAAUCAUCAAAUUCCCACCUUCAAGAGCAAAUUUCUUCCGCCAGAACAGAGAAACCGAGCAAGAAUGUGGUUCAUAAUGACAUAAGCCCGUCAAAUGAGGUCAGAUUGAGUGAAGCGACAAGAGAUGAGUCAAACACUUCUCCGCCGGAAUCCAAUGUCAGUCCGAAAUCCAAGAGAAAGGUCGUCAGAAAGGUGAAGGUACUAAAAAAGAAGACAAAGGUGGAGAAACGAGAGGAAAGCGAAGAGGAGCUGAGCUGCGAGGAAAUUGUAUGA